AUGCGAGCUGGCUUCGCUUCCAGCGUCCGUAUCUCUGGCGUUCAGAAGCGAUUCACCGAGGAGCACGAGUGGGUCUCGUUCGACGACGCCACCAACAUUGGUACCGUGGGAAUCACCGACUACGCUCAGAAGUCGCUCGGCGACGUUGUCUUCAUCGAGCUCCCAGAAGCCGGUGCUCAGGUCAAGAAGGGAGAUGACAUCGGAGCCGUCGAAUCUGUGAAAGCUGCUUCCGACAUCUACGCACCCGUCUCUGGCCAGAUCGAGGCCGUCAACGAGAAGCUCAACGACGAGCCGAGCCUGCUCAACAAGCAGCCCGAAAGCGAUGGUUGGUUGUGCAAGAUCAAGCUGUCCAACCCGUCCGACUUUGAGACACUUCUCACCGCCGAGGCUUACCAGAAGAUCUGCGAGAACUGA